ACAACAUACACACCAAAGAACAACAGGAAGUUGACUCGCAAAAAAUCAGAGUUGUUUCGAGAAAAAGACAGAUAUUAAUGGGUCACAAAUGCUCGUCAUUUUGCAGACCAUCAGUAACGGUGAAUGGGAAAAAAUACCGAGUGGUUAAAGAACUGGGAGAAGGAGCCUUCUCCUAUGUUAACUUAGUUCAUCAUGGAAAUGAAUGGUUUGCUCUGAAAAGAAUCCGUCUUGAUCUUCCUGAACAAGAAGAGGCAUUUGAUCGUGAGGUAGAAGCUCAUAGAGCUGUUUCUCACCCAAGUGUCCUUGACUUGCAUGAUGUGGAUGUGGUAUCUAAAGGAACAUAUAAAGAGGCACGCAUGCUUGUGACAUACUACAAGAAUGGAACAGUGCAAGACUUAAUUGAGCGCACACAACUUGAAGGAGGUCACAUCCCUGAGUUAAAUAUUCUUCACAUGUUCAAGUCACUAUGUGAAGCUAUACUUCCCUUUCAUAGCUUAGACCCACCUCUGGCACACAGAGAUAUCAAGCCUCAUAAUUUGUUAAUUGGUCCUGACACGACAGUGGUGUUGAUGGAUCUCGGAAGUGUGUCCAAAGCCAGAUGCACCAUUGCUUCACGAAGGGAAGCCUUGGCCCUUCAAGAGAGGUGUGCACAGGAAUGUACUGCAACAUACAGGGCUCCAGAACUGUUUGAAGUUCCAUCAAACUGUGAAAUUGAUGAGAGGAGUGAUGUUUGGUCAAUGGGUUGUACUCUGUUUGCCAUGGCUUAUGGUCAGAGCCCCUGCGAUGGCUCAGCGCUCUCCGCAAAUAGUGGUAACAUUCAAAUUCCAAGCAAAGGGAGCGUUGCGUGACAAGACCAAUAAAACGGUUAGCCAAGGAGACUAUAGAUAAACUAUGACCCAGCUCCCUUUCACUACGCAUCAAGAUUUAGCUCUUCCGCUCCCAAUAUCUCAUUUGAAAUACUUUUUACUGUCUCCCGUACAACUCUCAUGAUGUGGAGUUUGGUAGCUGGAUAUUUUUCUAUAUUCUCAUCACUUGUCUGCUUGAGAUUGUAUUGAAAUUGUGGGGAGAAAUUCUGUCUUUGUCACAUAUGGGAAUAAAACGGUUUUGACCCUGUACAUAAAGGUGAA